UUUAAAUUAAUUGGUCAGCUGAAAUAAAAAAGCGAUACAGGUAUUAAGAUGGAGUCCAACCGCAAGCGCCGAGGGUUCAUCAAGGGGAAGCUGACACCAUUCUACCGAGCAGCCAAGCCAGCACCAGCCAUGCAGUACACCAGCAAGGUGAAGCCAAACCAGGCUUCUUCUACAACAACUUCUGUCAGCUAUCGAGUUCAGCAGGAGUACCUGAACAUUUCCCAACCAAAGCAGGUGUCAUUUAUUAUACCUGCUGACAUGAACCGAGAAAAUUUAAGCCAAAUUGACAGCUUCUUUGGCUUUGCUGGUGAUGAAAGUGUUGAUAUGAAGGCUGCUAGUUACAUCUCUUCUGUUCAAGAACGUUUCAAGCUUGAACGAAGCAACUCUGAACGAAUUAAGCUCCAAGAAAUCACUUACUAGACACCAAUGGAUAAAGUUCCUUACCUUCUUAGUAUAUUUAGUGCUCAAUUAAGUUAAUAAAUUCCUUUUUCAGUUGCCAUACAUAUCCUAGAAGAUUUCCCGUUUGUGCAUAGAAUUUGAAGGUGUCCCAUCCUUCUGUAAUUGUUUUAUGCAUAAUUAAGCAUAGUUAAUCUUGUCUUAGGUUGAGGCGCUUUUGACUUUUUGAGCUUCUGCAUGUGCAUGAGUUUGUAAUUCAAGCGAAACUGAUUUUGCCCUGUUUCUCAUGCAAAGUUUCGU